AUGGAAAGCUCACCAGAGUCGACUCGUCCGCUGAAGCGCGUAAAAUACGAGCAACAUGACGAUGCCAUCCCACUGAGUAUACAUGGACCCGAUAUCAGUGUCCCUGAAAGUAUAAACGGUCUAAAUGGGUCUUUGGUUACCGACGAUUCAUUUUUCGAUAACCCAUGGCCUUCGACAUCGGGUUUAUCGUCUCCUUCUCAGGUACUCUUCAACCUUCCUGAAGACUUUAACAACAACACCACCUCUUGGACCCAUACUUCUACAGCACCCCAGCCUGCGACGUUGAAUCUUCACACAGUUUCAACGCCUCAACCCGAACUACAGCGCCAGACACAACUUUUGCCCCGACUCUUGCCUGCAACAUCAGAAGAUACUUCAGACACCUCUCCAGUCGAAAAUGUCGAAUCGCAGGUCGCAACGAGGAACGAUACAGUAUUGUUUGUUGUCAGCCCUUUCACAAACGAGGACCGGUUGACUGUGACGGCUGUUCCUCGUUUCUCUCGUCCCAAGAACGGACAGGUGAAUGGUUAUGUGAAAUUCAACUGGCCCACGAAGCAUGAACCAACUCAGGCAAUUCAGCCAUCUCCCCCGGCGCGAGUGCAAACAGACGAUGGUGUUGUGGACAUAUCGUCACAGGUAUCGCGAUCUCGCUCUGACCGUCGUGAUUCCGGUGUGGUAUUUAUUCCUAUACCAGUAACCACGGUAGCUCAAAUGCAAAUGCAUAGUACGAGGAUGGCAUCUCACAAUGUCGAAAUAAUAUGGCCAGAGGGCACCCAACCACCGAUAACGAUGACGAAUCCGACACCUUCUCCUCACGAGGUAUUCUCAAGAGCCCCGAGAAAGGUUCCAACGCUGUUCGGCUUCUACAUUUACAUGGAUUAUCUUGACAGGCGGAUUUGGGAGUUUUACAUUAAUAAUUGGUGUCCUGGAAGGAGUGUGCUCGAUGACACAAACUCGUGGCUGAAGGAUUUGGCUCCAAUGUGCAGCAACCGAGGCAUACUGCAUGCUAUGCAAGCCCUUGCCGGUGUCUAUAUCUAUGACUAUCUGCCAGAUGAGCGCGUGCGACAACGAAUCAACCAGCGAUAUGUCGAGUCUAAUCAAUACUUCAUCGAACUUCUCAAUGAUCCCGAGAGCAGAAUGCCAGGAAAGGGACAAGAAGUCAUCACCAUGGCCAUACUCCUCUCUAUGCACGACGUUAUUCUAACCGAGCGACGCUUGAAAAAACCUAACAAGGCACGAUGGUUGGAGGGCUUCAAGCAGGGUGAAUAUUUUCUGCAGCAGACAGACCCUGGUAAGCGUUUUUGGAAAGAACCCAAAAGCGCCGUAUACGAUCCCCUCCGAAUCUCCCAAUCUAUUAUCGUUGGCCGCGCAGUAAUUCUUGCUCAGCCCAUGAUGGCUCUCUCCAACCCUGAAACGAUGGAUCCCCAGGCCGAAUCCCACAGAUUCAACUGGCUCCUGUACGGCACAGAAAGGGACCUAUUCGAGAUUCACGGUGGAUGCGGCUUCUCAAAGAAGCUAUUGCACACGAUGAGUCAAGUCACGUAUUGCGCAGCGCGUCUAUGGCAGGAACCCGAGACCGCUAUCGUUCCCGUUACUGCAAGAUAUCUCUCCAUGACGCUGACGACAAUGCGACAAUGGACCCGCGAGGGAGAAGCUUGGGAAGAGUGUCAGCGUCAUCCCCAAACGAUAAACUGGGUGCGCAAGACCGCUGACGAUUUUGUCAUCUCUUCGAAGAAUGACAUGACGAACGUUACAGCCGAAGCGUGGAGAAUCGCGGCGAUCAUUUAUUAUCAAUGUCGUCUUUUAAGGCUACCUCGAACCCACCCGGACGUUCUUGCCAACAUGAAUGAUCUCGCCAAGUGUAUUAACAUUAUGCCAACCUCAGGAACCCACUUCACAGCUCAGGCGCCCUUGCUACCCGUCUUCUUCCUAGGUAUGCUCGCUACUGAUCCAGCCCACAGGGAGAUAUCAAGAGGCUGGUUCGACCAAGUUGUGAACACGCCAGUUCGAAGUAGUGUUCCCCCAUUAUACGCAGCGCUCAAGAGAAUCUGGAAAAUUAUCGACACCGAUGCGACCCUCCAGUGCGAACUGAUCUCUCUUCCGGACUCCCUAGGCCAGAGAGUUCCCUGGUGGGAAUACCUCGUUGAGAGGGUCGAGGAGCAGGAAGACGAAACUCUCUGCCUUACCUGA